AUGACAUAUACUUCAUUCCUCAAUCUCUCGCAAACCAAACGGCUCAUCGCGCUGUUGAACUCACCGAUUUUAAUCAGUAGUCAGUGUUCAUUACCGACAUUAACCGUCGUUCCAUCGUUGUUUCUUAUCCGAUUAAAAUGUGAACUUAAACAACAAGGUUUAGUCAUUGAAGACAUGCGAUUAAGUGGCGGUGCUGCUUCAUUUGUUCUCGAUCCGACAGGUGAUUUAGCAUUUCGUGAUUUAGACUUUCUAAUCUUUGUAAAUGAUGUCAGAUCGGAAGUGAAUUGGUCUCGUAUAAAACAAGCUGUGUUCACUUCCUUACCUUUAUCGAUGAAAGAUAAUCAGUGUUUAUCAACGGAAAUUUACGCCGAUAAAAUGAUACGCAUUUUGAAUGAUCACGACCAAUGGGGUUUAAUUUCCUUACGGAAUGUUGACGGUCGAAAUUUGGAAUUAAAAUUUGUUGAACACAUGAAAAGACAAUAUCAAUUUUCUGUUGAUUCAUUUCAAAUCUUACUUGAACCUUUACUGAAUUAUUUCUAUUUCACGAAAAACUUCGAUUCGUAUCCACCUAUCCUCGUUCUUUCGAGUUACGGCAACUUCUUCGAAGCAUUACAACAUUUGCAUUAUCGUCUAAUCGCAGUGAAAUCACCAGAAGAAAUCCGCGGUGGUGGUCUUUUGAAAUAUUGCGAUCUCAUCGCGCGAGGUUUUCGACCAACCAAUCCCAAUCAGAUGACCGAUUUACAACGUUAUAUGUGCUCAAGAUUCUUUAUUGAUUUUAGAGAUUCAUUAGCACAAGAACAAGUCUUAUUUAAAUAUGUCAACAGCCAUUUCGGAAUAGAUUACGAUGUUCGAUAUCGAUUCUUGCGGUGCUUGUAUGAGGUAAUCUCCACCGAUAGUGUCUGGUUAAGUGCAUACGAAAGACUUGCAUUUCUAAAAACGAUCUCGACCAUGAGCUCAUCGAUUAUGCCAUUAAAACUCGCCAAUCAUCUAGUGAAAUCAUUCUCAUCAACGGGCUAUGUUUGUUCGUCAAAGAAAGUCACACAACUACAGAAAUCAUUACCACUAAGUUCGACAGUGCAAGAUCAGUUAAUACCAUCGGUGCCCUCGUCGAAUACUUUAAUUAAGUCUUCAUCAGAUAAAUCAACAAAUGUUGUUCUGGUCUCCUCGUCACCGAUGACAUCGUUAUCAUUCGAACAAAUAGAUGUGUUUGUUCAAAUUGUCAACAGUCUCCGCACUGAACUCUUUCCUAAAUUGAACAAUUUCUUGUCGUCGAUGUAG